AUGUUCAGUGAUCAAAGAUGCAAAGAAUGGGCGCUUAAUAGUGUUGCCUUUUACAGUGAUACUGGUGAGGUUGUUUACGAAACAGAAGCUCCAGAUACAAUAACUUCAUGGAUUGCCAGUGCUUUUGCUGUGAAUACACGUUCUGGUCUAGGUAUUGCACCGACCACAUCAAAACUGACAGUGUUUCGCCCAUUCUUUAUUCGUAUGAAUUUGCCUUAUUCGGUGAAACGAGGAGAAAAAUUUGCACUACAAGUUUUAGUGUUUAAUUACAUGGAUACUGAGCAAGACGUGACAGUAACUUUGAAACACGAUGAGGAUGCCGGUUUCGACUUCUUGCAGAAAGACGGUACUAAGAAAGUUGUUAGCAAAAAGUCUAAAUCUAAAAAUUAUAACGUUCGUUUGAUAUCGGUACCUGGAGGUGGAGUUUCAAAAGCAGUUUACUUUCCAAUUGUACCAACAAAAAUUGGUGAUGUUAAGUUAUCUGUUCUUGCCAGUUCUGGUCAGGCAGGCGACGCUGUCGAAUACCCUUUGAAAGUAGAGCCAGAAGGUUACCGAGUGUACCGAAACGUUCCUUUCAUAGUUGACCUGCGGAAUGGCACGCGAUCUUACUCGAAGAAAGUAGAGUUGCACUUCCCGUCUGACGCUAUCGAAGGUUCUAAGGCAGCUCGCGUAGAAGUCACUGGCAAUGUGCAAAAGUUACUUUUUUUUAGAAGCACAGUUAUGGGACCUGUGAUGUCCAAUUUAGAUCAUUUAGUUAGAGCGCCUUACGGCUGCGGCGAACAAAACAUGAUCAACUUUGUGCCUAAUAUCGUGGUAGUAAGAUACAUGAAAGCAGUUCAUCAAGAAGAUCCCGAAAUCGUUAAUAAAGCAAUUAAGUAUAUGCAAAGCGGUUAUCAGAGAGAGCUUACCUACAGGAGGUCAGAUAACUCAUUUUCCGCAUUUGGACAAUCUGAAAAACAUGGUUCGACAUGGCUAACAGCAUUUGUACUUCGAUCAUUCAAACAGGCUCAGCCAUACAUAUAUGUUGACGAACAAAUUCUUCAAAAGUCUAUUGCAUUUUUGAACGCUCAACAGCAACAGGAGAACGGAGCGUUUGCUGAACGCGGUGAAGUACACGAGAAGUUUAUUCAAGGUGGAGCCGCUGAAGGAGGUAUUGCGCUAACAGCAUAUGUCCUUGUCGCACUGCUUGAAAAUGGGGUGAAAAACGAGAAAGCUCAACAUUACUUAGAACAACACUUAGAAAAUAUCAAGGACGAUGUAUAUCCGCUGUCAGUAGUAACGUACGCACUUCAUUUAGCAGACAGUCCAAAGAAGCAGAUGGCGUUAAGAAUGCUUAAUGGUCACAAAAUUGAUAACGAAGACAGUACCCACUGGAACGUGAAAAAUACUAACGAGGAAGCGGAGGACAAACAACGAUACUGGUACCAACCAAAACCAGCUGUUAUAGAGUCUACUGCAUAUGCUCUUCUUACUUACUGUCUUACAAAUCAAGUUCCAGAAGCUUCUCGUAUUGCUAAAUGGUUAAGCUCAAAACGAAAUUCUCUAGGAGGCUUUAGCAGUACUCAAGAUACCGUAAUGGCUUUACAAGCGCUUGGAGCAUUUGCUGAACUUGUUGAAACCCGCACACAGUUGAACGCCACUGUUACGGUCAAAAGUGGAACAGAUCAGCAUCAGUUCGAGCUGACUCAUGAAAAUUCAUUUGUUUUACAGUCAUAUGUGCUUAGUAAUAUGGACGAACAAGUAGAUCUUUUGUUCGAAGGCAGUGGUAUUGGAUUUGGUCAGGUACAAUACGCGUAUAACAGAGCGGCAUACAAGGACAAUGUGCCAUUCUUCUGUACCCAAGAAAUUCAAGAGUCUCAUGGAGGAAGCCGUCUACAGCUGGAUCUCUGUUGCAAUUACACAAAACCUGGAUUUCGGUCGAAUAUGGCGGUUGCCGAAAUCGAAGCACUGACCGGUUAUCAAUUCGAUAGUACAGAGCUUCAAUCUCUUAGUGAAAUUAAUGACCUCCAGAGGGCUGAACUUGAUAAAGACGAUACCAAGAUGAAUCUUUACUUUAACCCGCUGGGAGGUACACCCCUCUGUUUCUCUCUGCACAGCGACAUGGUGUAUCAGGUAACGGACCAAAAACCUGCUCAGUUUGUGCUCUAUGACUACUACGAUCCAGAGCAACAGCUGAAAACUUCAUAUGGUGCAAAACAGACCCGUUCUUUACAAGACUCUUGCCCAGACUGCUGGCCCGCAGUGUCAGAUGACAGCGCUUCAUCGUCUCGAGCAGACGGUAUCAAAAGUGGGGCUGCAGCAAAAAGAACAGGUUUAUACAAAUGUGAUUCUCUUCUGUUUUUGAUUCUGCUUGCCUUGCUGAAAGUUUUUUCAUUUCUAUGA